AUGUCCGCCCGCAUGCUCUCGGUCGCUGCGCCGCUGCGAGCACUGUCCGCUUCGCUCGGGCCCUGGCGCAUCCUGCCCGCCGCACUGCUGCAGCCCAUCUCGCUCCAGAUCCCCUCGCUGGCCGACAUCUGGGACUCCGUCCUCCGCGCGGUGCCGAAGAAGAAGACAUCCCACAUGAAGAAACGUCACCGGCAAAUGGCGGGGAAGGCCUUGAAGGAUGUCAAGAGCUUGAACACCUGCCCGGGCUGUGGUUCGAUCAAACGCGCCCACCUCCUGUGUCCUCACUGCGUCAAGGCGCACCCAAUCGACAUCUUCUCCCUGGCCGUGACUGACAAGCAUAUCCUUUCAGCCUCGGGCGCGUCAUCGCUCAAGGUUCACUCCACCACCGACACCGAUUUCCCGCUCGUGCAGUCCAUCGACGAUGCCCACAAAGUGGGCUGCCACCAUAUUGUAACCGACGCCAAGGGGCAACGGGCGGCCAGUGCUGGCUUUGCGGGGGACAUAAAGAUUUGGUGCUAUCAGGAGGGCAAUUGGUCCGCGGACAGUGCCAUCACAGCCAGUCUGACGGCGGCGGACGCCUGGGCGAUUGCCUUGUCCCAGGACGGACAGUACCUGGCCGGUGCCACGCAGGACGGACACAUCAAGGUAUGGGACUUGAAUGCCGAGGGGACUCAAAUACGCGACCAUGAAACCAAAGGGAGUUUCGGUACAUGUAUCGACCUGUCUUCGGAUGGCCGGUUCAUUGCUAGCGGGCACGAAAAUGGUGCCGUCUACAUUUUCAGCACGGAAACCGGCCGCAUGCCGUUUUCUCUAUCAGGUCUGGUGAAGCCCGUCCGAGCGGUGUCCUUUUCGCCCGGUGGCAAGCUGCUAGCGGCAGCUGGUGAUUCCAAAGUCAUCGUGCUGUAUGAUACAUCGUCCGGCGAACAAGUUGCCAACCUCUCCGGCCACUCCGCGUGGAUCAUGUCUCUAGCCUGGAGUCACACCGGCGAAUAUCUUCUCAGCGGAUCGUUUGAUGGAAAAGUCAAGGUCUGGUCAAUCGACACCAAGUUAUGUGUGGCUACACACUCCGAGACCGAAAAAGCACUCUGGAGCGUCAAGUGGCUCCCCAAGACAGGAAAAACCGAAGGAUUUGCAACCGCCGGGGCCAACCGCAGUCUGUCUUUCUACCGGGAGGCAACUGGGGGUUGA